AUGACUUCUAGUGCCUUCAUUAACUCCCUUAGACGUUUUGUAGCGAUUCGUGGCAAGGUUACCGAAUUUCAUUCAGAACGAGGAACUAACUUUGUGGGGAGUACAGAUGCACUUAACAUCAAUGCCAUGAACGUAGAAUCUCAACCAGUAAGGAAAUUCAUGGUGGAAAAUGGAUCUACUUGGAUAUUUAACCCACCUUGCGCAUCUCAUAUGGGAGGGAUUUGGGAGAGAAUCAUUGGAACAGCUCGCAGAAUUCUUAAUGUCAUCAUCAUGGAGUCUAAGAAACCUCUUACAGAUGAUGUUCUCAACACUUUUAUGUAUGAGACAUGUGCUAUUAUCAACAGUCGUCCAUUGGCUAAUGUAUCCAUUGAUCCAACAGAACCUUCAGUUCUAUCUCCUUCAGUGCUACUUACACAAAAGACAGAAGUCGAUUAUGGACCCUUUGAAGCAGUUCAUCUGAAAGACAUGUAUAGAACAUCAUGGAAACACACUCAAGUCCUUGCCAACCAGUUUUGGAAACGAUGGCAACAGGAAUACUUGUUCAGUCUGCAAUCAAGGCGAAAGUGGAUUAUUUCAAGGGAGGACAUCAAAGUCAACGACGUAGUGCUAGUGAAGGAUACCAACACUGUCAGAUACGAAUGGCCGAUGGCAAUUGUUCUUCGAACCUUCCCUAGCAACGAUGGACAUAAGCUCUUCUUAAAAAGUAACAGUACAUAUUUAUCAGAGAAAUUGGACAAAUGGAAUAGUGAGCUAGCCAGUGGUCUAAUCCCGAAUAAUGUGAUUUUGUCUCUGUAUAUUGUAACAGGUUUGUUGGGAAAUUCUACAGUGAUUCUGAUUUAUGGAUUUAAGAUGAGAGGAAACAAGGAGGAGAAAUACUUUAUUCCAUUCCUUGCUACGGCGGAUCUAUGUGGUUCAUUGGUUUGCGCUUCUUUUGGAAUCGCCCUCAACAUGAUGCAGGUGAAGUUCAACAACACGCACCUGUGUAAAGCUUGGUGUUUCUUUGCAGUGAUCAUUACUUUAACUUCCAUCUUCUUUCUUUUGAUCAUUGCCGUACACAGGUAUCUCAAAGUCUGUAGACCUCCUGGAAAACAAAUGACUUUGAAAUGGAAAAGAUUUGCUUUAGGUUUGGGUUUGUUUGUAGCAUUUUUACAUGCUGUACCUAUGGUUCAUUUUUAUGGAUCAGUUCCCUUUCCUAAUGAUGAGGAGGGGAUCGUUGGACUACGGUGUAGCAGGCUGAAAACCAUCAACAAAACAGGCUCUUUGAUUUUUGGAGGAGUCAUAGUUCUCAUAAUAUUUGCAUGCAUUAUUACGCUAAUUUGUCUCUAUUCGAAAAUUGGAUACACUAUUCUUGCACACUUCAAAUUUUUUAGAUCCCCAUGCAAACCUGAUACCAGUUCGGACGCAGAAAAACCCCGCAACAUCAAUCCCUUUCAGGUUACAAUACCAAGCAGCAACGGCCCCCUUAGUGACACAAAAAAUGGAAUCUACGAUAUCGAAAACAUUGAAUUAUGCGAAUCGUUACAUCCUCAGACAUCUUUAAAGACAAAAAGGAAAACUAUUACAACAAAACCAAAACUUGAAGGAACAGUGAAUCCUCAUAUGUCAAGUUCAAAGCGGAGAAAAGAAAGAAACAACCAGAGAAUUGUACACAAAUUCACGCUGAUGUUUAUGCUCAUCACGAUAAUCUUCCUCAUUUGUUACAUCCCAAAGGCUAUAAUCAUGUUACUAGAGGCCUGGAACCCGAAGUUCUGGGAGGAGUUUUCAGAUUCUGCUAGAGCUGGUGUGCUGUUUGUGUAUAGGAUGUACAUCAUAAACAAUAUUACUAAUCCAAUCAUUUAUGCAUUCCUGGACGAGCAGUUUGCUAAAGAAAUCAAUACGCUAAUUAAAGUAUGUAAAUAAAGUACCAUGGGGUCAUUUUUACAUUAUUUUGUGAAAUAUUAUAUUUCUUAGACUUUUAUGAAAUAAGAAAUAUACUUGACGUCGCAAAAAAGUGUCUCCAUCCUAUCAUAUGUCAUCAUAUUGCAAGUAACUACAUAUAUACAUAUGCAUGAAAGUAAUUGUACAGAACAUAGGAUUUUCAAUUCUUUUGUAAAAAGAAUAUAUUAUUUAUCUUUGCUUAAUACUGGAACAUUUUAUUUUUAAACCCGGAUGUUUUGAUCGCUAUCUCUGUCUUUACAAGAGUUUGAAUUUGGUCGUUCCUCUUGGAUUACUGUGUACCCAUGCUUGUAACCUUAUAUUUGUUAAACUGAUUAAAUAGGGCAAGAUCAAAUCUAUCAAAAUAGCACAUAAGGUCCGUGACAUAGUCUGUCGAAAACAUAAUUUGCUAGAAUAUACGUUUAUGUUUAGUUAGAAACAUAUGCACCAUCAUGCGGAUUUCUUUCUUUGUGCUUUAUUUUCCAUUCGAAUAUUGUUGACUCAUAUAGAGACGUCACCUGAUUUACAUGAAGUUACCAAAAAAAAAUCUGGAUCUCGAGGUCGUAGGAGGUUUUUUUAUCGUAUCAAUGCCUAUAUUAUACCAAUACGUCAUGAUUAAGUGAUCAGACCACAUGUUGCAAAUAUUCAGUUAUGAACGCCAAAACUUAAACAAUGGGCGUUUUAAGAGGCUACUUAGAAUAACUGUCAUGAUUUUGGUAAUAUUUUCCACGUAUUGAUACUUGUAGUUUUGAAUUUGAAUACCCACAGAUAGUGUAGUUCCAUACAAAGAAAUAAAAUAAGAAAGUAUAAUUUUUUUCUUGGACGAGGAAGACGAUUUCCGACUCCAUUCAUAGAGUCCAUGUAUAUUCUGCUGUGAGCUGUUAACAUUGACCCAAUUUUCGCCCGCUGUAGUAAUAUAAAGAAACUGAUACAUUUACAUACACGUGCACAGUAGCGCGAGAAACGUUAGUUUAUCACGUAGAAGUAAGUUACUAUGUACAGUACAAGACAAGAAUAAGUCAUUCUGGUCUCGUUUUUCCACCACAAAAUUAUCUCACGAAGUCUAGUUUCUUUUCUGCCUGCUAUCUUAAAUAAACCACAAAAAUUAGAUCAAGAAACACUGAAAUAGAUAAUAGUGUUUUGUAUCAGACAUUUUCUCUGGGAAAUUACUUUUCACCAAGGAGUGUUUGUGUUUUAGAUUAUUUUCUACUCAUUGGUUAAGUAUAAUUAGAUAUUUGUAGGAAUCUUUUACGUGUAAAUAUGUGUAUCUAAGUAGCAGUAUUGAGCUCAAAAUACGAAGUUUUCCACAAAGUCUCGGUAAUUAAGAAUUUUUGAAAUUGACGUGAAUUAGAACUGGUCUAUCAGAAAACACAAAUACCUAUGCGUUUUCGAAAUUAUGAAAUAAGAGACAAUCCCUGAUGAACCUUUCAUGAGAUUAUGAAAAUAGAGGAAUAGGUAUCUGAAUACAGUACUUUUGUGUGAAUAACAUCAAUUCGUAAUUCAGGCAUUGCUUAAAAGGGCUCAAUAUGACAGUAUGUAGUAGACUUCUGUUUGCAUGUCUGUGUGUAUGUGUAUAUUGUAUGUCAUUGGUAUUCACAUGUCUGUGUUUACAUUGUAUAUGAUUACUAUUCACAUUUAUAUUCCGAAAUUUUGAAAUAGAAAAACCCGUAUACAAGCAAAAUACUUUGAUAUUCCGUAGCUCAGUUUUUGUGAUUGGAUAAUCAUUGAAAUGUUUAAUGAAAAACAAAACAUUUUAAGUAAAUAUGUCAUUUACCAAACUAAUGACGCAAUAAAAGUUCAAACAAAAUGACAUAAUAGACCAAUA